GGAAAACUGAAGACCCUCCUGGCGAUUGGAGGAUGGAAUUUUGGGACAGCCAAGUUCUCCGCAAUGGUUUCCACGCCUGAGAACCGCCAGACUUUCAUCAAGUCUGUCAUCAAAUUCCUGCGCCAAUAUCAAUUUGAUGGGCUGGACAUUGACUGGGAAUACCCUGGGUCCAGGGGCAGCCCACCCCAGGACAAGACUCUCUUUACCGUCCUGGUUAAGGAAACACUGGCAGCUUUUGAGGAGGAAGCCAAACAGGUCAACAAGUCCCGUCUCAUGCUCACUGCGGCUGUUGCUGCAGGACUUCCCACCAUUCAGGCUGGCUACCAGAUUCCUGAGCUUGGAAAAUACUUGGACUACUUCCAUGUGAUGACUUACGACUUCCACGGCCCCUGGGAUGGACACACUGGGGAGAACAGCCCUCUGUACAAAGGGCCAGCUGACACUGGUGACCUCAUCUACUUCAAUGUCGAUUAUGCUAUGAACUACUGGAAGAGCAAUGGUGCCCCAGCUGAGAAGCUCCUUGUUGGAUUCCCAACCUAUGGACAUAACUUCAACCUCCAAAGCUCAUCUGACACUGCUGUUGGGGCACCAACAUCAGGACCUGGGCCAGCUGGACCUUACACAAGGCAGGCUGGAUUCUUGGCUUAUUACGAGAUCUGCACGUUCCUGGACUCUGGAGCCACCCAGGCUUGGGAUGCCCACCAGGAUGUGCCCUAUGCCUACAGCGGCAACGAAUGGGUUGGCUAUGACAACGUCAAGAGCUUCAACAUCAAGGUUGACUGGCUGAAGAAGAACAAUUUUGGAGGUGCUAUGGUUUGGGACCUUGCUCUGGAUGACUUCACUGGCACUUUCUGCAAGGAAGGCAAAUAUCCCCUGAUCACUACUCUGAAGAAUGGUCUUGGUCUGCAAAAUGGCGACUCUGUGCCUCCGACUCAGCCCAAUCCUCCAAUCACUGAAGCUCCUAACCAAGGAAGUGGAACUGGGAGCAGGGGCUCAGGUAGCAAUACUGGUGGCUCUGGUGGGAGCCAUUUCUGUGCUGGCAAGGCCAACGGUAUCUAUGCAGAUCCAGCCAACCAGAAGAAGUUCUACAACUGCACUAAUGGUAAAACCUUCGUGCAGAGCUGCCCGCACGGCUUGAUCUUUGACACCAGCUGCUCCUGCUGCAACUGGCAAUGAAGAUACCAAUGCUAUUACAGCAAACAGACCCCUCUGAUCUAAUUGCAUGGAAUAAGAAUGAUUAAAUAAAGUGUUCUGCAAAAGCAACAAUCC